GCGAGUGACAUCAAGGUCGUCCAUCCAUUUGCAUUUGUUUUUCACGCACGCUCCGCAGCCUUUGAGAAAAGUUCCAGCUGCUUUGUGGGGGAAAGACAUCUGCCAUGGCGGCAACGUUGCUUGGUCAGCUUCCAUUGUGGAUCUUUGCCACGUUGCUGACGUGGGCCGUGUGCUGGUUUGCUGUCGCGCCGGUGUACUGCCAGGAUGAGCCGACCUGCGCCAAACAAUUGAAGACCUACCCGCGCUACUACCACCUUGUGUCUACCGCCGCUUUGAUUGCAAUGUGUGGGCAUGAGGUCAUGGGCUUGAUCGCCACCUACAUGGGAGCGCAGCAAACGCAAGCCUUGAUCCCGCACUUGAAGAGCCGGUGCCUGCCCAGUUUCCUGCUGGCACUGAUGUUCGGAGUGCUGGCCACGGCUGAGCGGGGCUUCUCGCGAUCUGAGUGGACCGUUGCGCAUGUGAUGCCCAGCGCAGACGGCUUGACAGCCGCCGGCCGGCCAGUAUACACCAUGCAGUACAUGGAGUGGGGCAUCAACGUGCCCAUUCUUUUCAUCUUGUCGGGCUACUGCAGCCUCGGCCGGCCCAUCUCCGAGAUCUCUCGCCCGCUGGUGGUGACCAACAUUUACGUGAUCCUUUGCUGGGCGGCCACUGCCACGGACUCAGGGCUCCUGAAGUGGCUGCUGAUCGCGGUGUCAUUCGCCAUGUACGCCUGGGCCUCUGUGGACAUGCUGGGUUGGGUCAGCGAGUUCGAGCGUGCGGCGCCCCGGGACUUGCCCAGCCGCAGCAUCCGGCCGUGGCUGUCCAACGGCCUGAUCUUGCACUUCAUGCUCUACGGCGUGGUGUACAUGUCCUCGGUGAUGGGGCUCAUUGAUGCCCAGACCGAGCGCAAGGGCUUCUUCGUGCUGACCUUCGGGGCUAAGAUCGCGUACUGCGCGGCCUUCGUGUUCAUCCGAGCGGACGAGUACCACAAGACCCUGACCGACGUGCUGCGCAAGGUGAGCGUCUCCAACGUCGGCAUGAUCUCCAUCCUGCGCGGAAGCUUCGACAUCAUCCUCCCGUGCGUGCUGGAUGGGGCCGGGCGCUGCAAGCUGCCGCCCCAGAUCUCCGGGGACAUGGAGAAGUUGGAGAAGAUCUUGGGCUGCCACGUGGCGGGCGCCAACCUGAAGGACCUGCUGGCCGGAGAGGAGGACCGGGCCGAUUUCUCGGCCUACGUCCGCAACGUGGUGCGCCAGGCCGACAGCCCCCAAGCCUUCAGCGAGGCGACGCUGACCACCGGCGGCGUGUGGUCCUGCGGUGCGUCCAUGCCGCCCAUCGCGCAGGUCUUGCACAGCAAGAUGAAGGCCAAGGGCCCGCAGAUGAAUGCGACGCUGCACCUGUCCGUGGUGCCGCGCUCGGCCGUGAGCAUGGGAAAGGAGCGGCACCUGGUGGCGGCCAUCCAGUUCUCGGCGACGGUGCCGGAGGACAAGGAGGCGGAUCUGGGGACAGGCUUUGAGAGCUUCAAGCACGAUGAUGCCUACGCCUCCACGGGCGGCUCCACACAUCCCCCCACGGACUCCGGGUCUUCCGGCAUCGUGGCGAACCUGGCGGACCUCAACAAGCUCGGGGCGUCUGCUCUUCUGCACGGCUCGGUGGAGGCAAGCGACACGGGCUCCAUGUACUGGGGACCCUCCAUGGUCUCAGACGAGACCAUGUCGCACCUGGGGGCCUUCAUGGAAAAGGCGGCCCUGGGAACGGUGGCCUUCGAUGCUCGCAUUGUGGGAGCUUGGGAGGGCACCACAAGCAAGGCCCUGGGCGCGUACAGCCAGCGCAUCGAGUUCCAGAACGACUGCAUCCAUGCGAGCAUCACCGUCAUGGGGCAGACCCUGGAGGGCCGCUUCCGCAUGAACUGCUCCACGGAGCCCUACCAAUUGGACAUCGAGGUGCUGCCCAAGGGCAGCAGCUGCCCGCCCCCUGCGAUCCCGUACAUCUUCAAGUUCCAGGACGGCCGUCUGCACCUCUGCGGCCCUGCGGACGGGCGCAUGCACCGGCCCAGCAACUUCGACGGCCCGGGCCUUUGCGUCAUGGACCGCGCGGGCGGAUUGACCACCAUGCCGACCAUGCCCAAGUCCGAUCGCCGCGAGCGCCUGGAGACCCGCAGCGUGCGCAGCGCCGGCGUCUUCGAGCCGGACCCCGAGUUCAGCCGCAACUGCACCGAGGAGGUUGCCAAAGACCUGGCUCCCAACAACAAGGCAUCCUACGCCAAAUGGAUGCAGGACCCUGCCUUCAUUGCCUCAGGGGCAGCAGCUGCCAUUGCACUCAUGGCUGCUUUGAAGAAAGCCUGAGUCAGAGACCAUGGCCCCAGCGCUGCACAUGUAGAUUGUUUGAAGAGGAACGUAGAGGCCUCAAAUUUCAAGUCGCUGCCUUGAUUCAACUUGAUGAAGAUCAAGUCGAGGCGGAACGGAGGAUCUUCAGGUCGGCUCCAGACAGAGCGGCUGAUCUCGGUUCCAGCCUUCGCGCCUGGCCUGUUGCGUUUCUAGCAACGGUGCCAAGUGUGGGCUUUCUUUUUUGAGCGCGUCCUGCGUUCCGGUUCCAGACCUCUAGCGGACGCUAGUGAGGUCGGCUUUGGGGGCGGAGCAACUGUGCCAUCCCCGCUCGGUUUCGCUUUCAGCUUCAGUUCCCGGCUGGUCACACCAAGCUGUUUCAAGAUUUUGCGGCAUCCCCCUUCAGCCCCCUUCGAAUGGCUCUGCACCUUGAGCCGGAGCUACUUGCCCUCAGUCAAUUCGUGACAUUGACAAUGUCCAUGUUAAUGGAAGGCUGAGUGCGGCUGGAGGAGGUAAACUUGCUGUCUGCUUUGCGCAGGCUUGGCACCAUGUCGUGCUUUGCACGAUCGUGCCUGAAGGAUCAAUUUGCCGCGAUUGAG